AAGAUUUCAAUAUUAGAAACUGUACCGUACUAUCUUAUACCAAGGAAAGAUCCAACGAUGAUUCUCAGAAUGUACCUCCUAUGCUUAUAACGGAAAAAUUCGUUGCAAAUCCUGAUCCGAAUGGACUGAAUAAUAAUGAAACUAAUGAAGAGCAGACCAACUUAGCUAUUACAAUAAAUGGGGCAAGUGGUGGCAUAGCUUCGAUAUCUAAUAAUAACGCACUGAAUAAUAAUGAUGAAUCUCGUGAACCUGCAGGAAACAAAAAAAGAAAAAAAAUCGUCAUUGAUUUUGAAGCCAGAAAAACUCUCAAGAGGGAAAAGAUUGCUGAAAAUCAUAAGAUUUUACCAGGUUGUGCUGAUAUUUGCAAAAAAAAUGUUCAUCUGCAUUUGAUCGACGUAGAAAUUAAUACGCAAUUUUGGAAAUUGUCCGAUCACGAAAGAAAGUCGAUUGUGUGUGUGAGUGAGCGAUUGCAAACAAAACGAACCACUGGAGAAAAGCCAACAAAGCAAAAUACUUUUAAAUAAUUUUCAAAUGAUAAAUCUGAUCAGAGGGUCGGAGUCUGUAAAACAUUUUUUCUUACUACUCUUGGAUAUAAGAAAAGCAAUGACAGAGUCCUUCACGAUACUUUAUCAAAAACACCAAGAGGGCAAUUUAUUCCACUGCUACAUGGAAAUAAAGGCAAAAAGCCAGCGAAUAAAAUUGAUGACUGACAUAAAUACUCACAUUGAAUCCGAAUUCACAUUGAUACCGAAGAGAACAUGCACCACAUGUUCGCUAUCUUAGUAGUGAUGUCAAUAUUACACUUAUGUACAAUGAUUUCAAGAAAAAAUUUCUAAAAAAAUUUCCUAAUGCAAAAUUAUCAUACGAAACCUAUCCACCGAAAAAAAGUGAAGGCAAAACGAAUUUUAUUUACAAAACUAGGGCACGAGAAGUGCGAUCCUUGUAAAACGAUCAAAUGUUUCACGGCCAUAACAAAGAAAAUAUAAACGAAUCCUGCCAGACGUGUAAAAACUGGAUUAACCAUAAAACUGGUGUAAAUGAAUCACGUCAGUUAUACAAAGAACACUCAGAUAAAACAUUUAACCAAGAUACAAUUUGUGUAUCAGCAGAUCUGCAAAAAGUAGUGAUGUUGCCGCAAAUGGACAUGUUCAAAUGCGUAAUUUUUUUGCAAAGACUAAUUGCGUACAACGAAACCUUUGUACCCGUUACAGGGAAAUUUUCUUCUAAGAACAAACCGUAUGCAGUUAUAUGGCACGAAACGAUAAGCAAACGCAGUAAAGAAGAUUUGAUUAGCACUUUUUACUCCUUUAUAAAGUCAAAUAGAGACGCUAAAACAAUUAUAAUUUGGUUGGACAAUUGUGCUAGCCAAAACAAGAAUUGGGCACUUUUAACAUUUCUGGUGAGAAUGAUAAACUCCGACGAAAUCUCAGCGACGACCAUAUGUUUCAAUUAUUUCGAACCUGGCCACACAUUCAUGUCGGCUGAUAGUUUCCACCAUCAGGUGGAAUUGUCAAUGAAGCGCAAACAAAAAAUCUACGACUUUGAUGAUUUUGCGGAUGCUGUUGGUAGUUGCUGCAACGGCAAGGUAGAUGUUAAAAAAAUGGAUAUCCAAGAUUUCUUUCAAUGGAAGGAUUUCUUGUCUCGACAAAAACUAAAUGAUCACACACAAAAGCGACCUUAUUUGUCCGACAUUGUGCAAAUUACUGCGGAACGUGGUAAAUUUACAUUAAAGUACAAAACUUCAUUUUCAGGAGAAGACAAAGUACUAGAUUUUUUGCAGAAAAAAAUUAUGAAAAAAAGUCAGUUGGUUAAAAAUUUUGCCUGUCUUGAUGCACCCCGCGGAUUUCCUAACAAUAAAAAAGAAAAUGUGUUAAAAGUGCUAGAUAAAAUUAUUCCAGAAAAUCGAAAAAUGUUUUGGCUAAGCUUGCCAUCUCUUAGUGAACCUAAUGAAGAAGAUCCUUAGUUAUUUUUAAUAGAGUUAUUAAUUUACUGGUAAACAUUUUAAAUACCUGUUCGUAAGUUCACUUGAGUAAUAAAAACAGUAUUAAUUUCA